ACAAGAAGCAGAAAAGGAGAAGAAAGAGAAAAAAAAUGAGUCACUCAGCAGAGAUCACUGUGAAGAGAAAAGAGCAGAACAAGGCAAAGAGAGAGUGUGUGGAGAAAGAGACUGACGGUCUCAAUUAUCAAACCAAGAUGUUUGUUCUAGUCUGGGCGACUCUGCUGUUCGCUGUGACAGGCAGCAAUGCUGACAAAGGUGCACCAGUGGAAGGAAAAACACACUGUUUAUAUGAGUUCUGUAUCACUCUUAAUGAAGCAGAAAUAUCAACAGAGGCUGGACUCUGUGCUGUGAUACCGUGUUCUUUCACUCCUGGUCCUGGCUUUUCACCCAAAAAUAUAGUUUGGUACAAAUGUGAACCAUCGAAACAAAAAUGUGUUGAAUCAGACAUUAUAUUCCACACAAAAAAGAACAAAAACGUUCAGUCGGGGUUCAAAGGACGAGUGUCACUGUUGGAUCCUGAUGUGAGUCUGAACAACUGCAGCUUCAUCAUCAAUGACAUCACUGAGUCAGACUCUGGAUCAUAUCAGCUCAGAGUUAAUGGUAACUCGUCUACGAAGACAGAUGAUGGAUUUACAUUCCCUCCGAGAGCAACUGUCUCUGUUAAAGAUCUGACCCAGAAGCCCACAGUGAUGAGUCCCCCUCUGACAGAGGGUCAGCAGACCACACUGACCUGCACUGCUCCUGGUCUCUGCUCUGGAUCUCUCCCUAAAAUCACCUGGAUGUGGAGAGGAACAGGAGAGAACGACUCUCACAUCACAGCAAACAUCACUGAGUUCAAGACUGAAAAACUGACUGCUGUCACACAGAGACACAGCUCAACUUUGACCUUUAACCUUUCAGCUGAACACCACAGCACCAAGGUCACCUGUAAGGUCAGCUUCACAAACAACAUCACUACAGAGGAGACAGUGACUCUGAAUGUGACCUAUGUGAAGGAAGUUAAAAUCACUGGCAACACAAGUGCGAAGGAGGGUGAGACUUUGAAUCUGACCUGCAGUGUUGAAAGUUUCCCUCCAGCUCUCAUCACAUGGACUAAAUUGUCUGACAAAAACAUGCAAAAUGGAACAAAAACCUGCCUGCAGGAAGAAAGUGGAAUGGGCACUUUUACCAUCCAUAAAGUGACAACAAAAGAUUCUGGACAGUACAUCUGUACGGCAAAACAUCUGAACAACACCCUGAAGGAAACAGUUGAUGUAGCUGUGAUAUAUAUGAAGAAACCUGUAAUCACUGGGAAUACAAAUGUUGAGGAGGGACAUGCUCUGAAUCUGACCUGCAGCGUUGAAAGUUUUCCUCUGUCUAAUAUCACAUGGUCUAAUCUUGGUUCCAACAAAAACCUGCACAGUGAACCUAAUACUGACCGGCAGAACAAUAUUGGAUCAGCCCCACUUGUCAUCCAUAAAGUAACGACAAAAGAUUCUGGACAGUACAUCUGUACAGCACAACACCUAAACAACACCCUGAAGGAAACUGUUGAUGUAACAGUGAUAUAUAUGAAGAAACCUGUAAUCACUGGGAAUACAACUGUUGAGUGGGGACAAACUCUGAAUCUGACCUGCAGUGUUGAAAGUUUUCCUCUGUCUAAUAUCACAUGGUCUAUUGGUGGUUCCAACACAAACCUGCACAGUGAACCUACUACUGACCUGCAGAACAACAUUGGAUCAGCCACACUUGUCAUCCAUAAUGUGACAGCAGAUCAUUCUGGACAGUACAUCUGUACAACAGAACAUCUGAACAACAUGCUGAAUGAAACAGUUGAUGUAGCAGUGAUAUAUAUGAAGAAACCUAUAAUCACUGGGAAUACAACUGUUGAGUGGGGACAAACUCUGAAUUUGACCUGCAGUGUUGAAAGUUUUCCUCCCUCUCGUAUCACAUGGUCUAAUCUUGGUUCCAACACAAACCUGCUCAGUGAACCUAAUACUGACCUUCAGAACAACACUGAAUCAGCCACACUUGUCAUCCGUAAUGUGACGGCAGAUCAUUCUGGACAGUACAUCUGUACAGCACAACACCUGAAUAACACCCUGAAUGAAACAGUUGAUGUAACUGUGACCUUGUUCCCAAAGAUCUUAAAACACUCUGGAUGUAAGGUUCAAUCAGAGGUCCUGACCUGUAUGUGUAUCAGUGAGGGGUUGCCUUUACCCACCAUCAGAUGGCCGUUGUUGAAGAACCACACUGAGUACUCUUUCAUUACCACUGUGUCAAGCUACACAGUCAACAGCACCGUCAGCCUAAGUGUAAAAGACCAUAGCAACACUGUUGUUGAGUGUGUCAGCAGCAAUGAAAUUGGGGAAGCAAAAGAAAACCUCACCGUUCAAACAGAUGCUUCCGAACAAGAGGAUCAAUCCACAGGAGUAUUAAAAAUGGUUUCACGGCUGGAAGUCGUCAUUGCCUUUUUUAUUGGGGUACUUCUUUCAGCAGUCAUUUGCUGUUUGGUAAAAAAAUGCCACAGGACAAAACAGAAGAGCUUUGGAAAGCUGGAUGAAACUCUGGAGAUGGUGACGAGUCAAGAGGAUCCACUGAUCAAUGUUGGUCAAGCAGUGGAAGAUGAUCAGACCUACCACCAAGAGGCAGUUGAAGAUGGAGAAGGAGCUGUGCCAGAAGAGAAAGCAGCUCUUGAUCUUGAUGGUGAACCAAAAGAUGUCGAGUACGCCAGCAUUGAUUUCUCAGUGUUGAAAAGGAGGAGUCCCAGGGAGGCAGCAAACACACAAGAGACCACAGAGUAUGCUGAAAUUAAGAAAGCAGUCAAAGAAGAAAGAGAAGAGGAAGGAAGAGGCAGAGAGGAAGAAGAAAAUGAAGUGUUGGAUGGCAAAGAGGAGGCAAUGACUGGGGAGGAUGAGGAGACAAAACAGUAUGUCCCAGAAGAGGAUGAAGGGGAGGACGCAGAAGUUUACUCCAAUGUGAAGGAUAUAAUGGGUGAGAUUUGAGGACUAUGUUGCCUUGUGGAGUUUCUUGAGGAUAAAGUUUCUUUGCUCUCAUCAGAUGUGAUGAGUUGAUGUAAUGGACUGGUGGUGGAUUGAAGGUCCUGUGAACGGUUUCAGUGCUGUUAUCUUCACAUUGUGUUCAGCCUCAGCUGUGUUCGAACACCAGAAUCAGUCUGUGAUAGUGUGAAGUGAUCGAGAGACUCAACUCCUCUAGCCUGCAAAUCCAUUCAUUCCACUAAGGGUGGACUUUGCUCUGAGGGAUUUUUACUUUUGUUUUAUACUAGGAUAAGCAUGUCAAACAUGUACCCUCACUUUCACCCUGUGUGAUAGUGUCUCUUUUUCAGCAUGGAAUGAUGGAAAAGAUCUGUUUGUUAGUUUGCCAGAUCAUUUUGGUUAAGACUACUAUCUUAACAACUAUUGGAUGGAUUCUCAUACAAUUUUGUACAGACAUUCAUGGGGACCAUAAAUGUAUCCCAAUUACUAUAGUUGCUUUUGCUCAACCAUGAGUUUGGCAUGUGCUUGAAAUCUGGUGCAGACAUUUUUGUCCACCUCAAAUAAACUGUAUUAACUUUAGCAAUCCCUAAACUUUUUACAUUUUGUCUUUAAUGCCAAUUAGCAAAUGCUAACAUGCUAAACUAAAACAGUAAACAGAAUAAACAUUAUACAUAGUCAUUGUCAUUGUGAGCUUGUUAGUAUGCAGAUAUUAGCAUUUAGAUCAAAGUACGGCUGCAGUUUCUGAGGCUCGUACUCCUGUUUCAUUUCCAUUUAGUGUGUCAGUUUAUCUCAGUACAAUAGUCACAUGGCUAUAUAGUAAAGAAGGUCCAGUUCUUUUAUUAGUCAUAUGAACAACAAUCAUAUUGAUACAGACUUGAAAUCCUUUGUUCUCAGGCUCCCUUCAACAAUGGUCCUACAAUAUAUAUAAAGCCUGCAAGUAAAUAAGAAAUGGGGGGAAAAGAAAAUCAUAGACACAGGACAAAAUUGGACAAAGUAGGUAAUAGUUAGAUCCCGUCCUUAACUAAUGACAGAGAUAGGGACAAAAUUUACAGCCCAAAAUGCAUUUCAAAGACCAAUCAUAGUAAAUUUAAGAGAACUGAGUUAGACAAAUAAUGAGCAAGUUACAGUGUCUGUGGUACAAAAGAGCUUCAGCUGAACUUUGGGAAGACAUUUUCACAGAAUUAGGACUGUCAGUUUUGUCCCUCAUCUCUUACAGUGGAAUUGCUUUCUGUUCUCUUCGGGGUCUGUAUGUAUAGCAGGAACAAUUGCAGCAACCCAUUUUGAUGUACAUUAAACUGGUGUAAAUGUAUGCAUACAUUCUAUAUAAAAAAUUGAAAACA